AUGCCCGAUCCUGCCACUCCGGCUGACCCAGCUGACACCAAGCUUGAGAUUGAUCCAUCACCAGAGAAUGUCAAUGGCACAACCCAGCCCAGUACUUCAGAGGUUCCCGUCAAGGAUACUGCGGCCCCAAUCGCGGCAACGGAGACAACACCCAAGGUUGCCGUGUGCAAGAAGCAUGAAAAUAUUGCAGACUCUAAGAGAAAGAAAAAAGGCAAGAAGAAGCCCGAUGCCACAGACAGCUCCUCUGAGUCGACCUCUUCUUCGGACUCUACAGGCAAACCUGGCUCGGCCACGGCAGACUCAGAGUCAACCGCCAGUGAGUCGGAAACGGACCGGCACAAGCGCAAUCGACUACGGGCAAAGGCACGGUCCCGACGCACCUUGAAAGAUAAGCAAAAGAGGAAGAAGAAGAAGAAGAAGUUGCGUUCGCGCAAGGCGGCUGAAAUCGUCUCUGAGACUGACUCCAGCACUGAAUCUGAGUCGGAUUUUGAUGGCUUAGACGAUGAGGGCUCGAUGGAUGAAAAGGCUCUGCGGAAACUCGUCUUGAAGCUUAAGCUCAAAAAACGCGCCAGAAGGCUGCGCGACCAGGCCUCGGACGAGCUGGGUGGAUCUGACCUGCUGGGAGAGACUCGGCGAGAGAAACGAUCCAAGAAGAAAAAGCCCGCAUCGAAACUGGCAUUUAAGCGAGUGGACCAGCUGUGGGACAAUACAAUCCACCAGUACAAAAUCACUGAAACCGUCGACGAUCCCGACGCAGACGAAUGGGACCAGUACAUCUUCACGGUGCGGCGCACGUUCAACUGGGAGAACAAAUAUCUGGAUACCGUGGUCGACAUCAAGAGCAAGCACCUCCGCGAUGCACUGGGCAAAGUCAUGGAUGGGGUCAAGGGGGUCAGUCUGGUACAAGAGCCCGCAGUGGUCGACCCCAACAUGCUGUUCUUAUAUCUGGAGGAGACGCGCCAGUACAUGAAGGAGCUGAAGCGUCAAUCGCGCACCGAGAAGAAAAAGAAGCCGCGGAAGAAUGCCUCCCUCAAAGUCGCGCAUCUCAAGGUCCUCCUCAAGUACCUCGACACCGACUAUGCCGACACCAAAAAGACCCUGUAUCCCUUGCUGGAGGCCAACACCAUCACCUUUGACCUUCUGUGGGCGCUGUUCAAGCCCAACACUAUCGCCUACACCCCGACCUACGGCAAUGCGGACGAACCACGGGCCUUCAAGAUCGAGUAUGCCAUCAAGGAAUCCUCCUUCAUGAAGGGUCAGUGGUACAGUGUGGAGGGCCGGUAUCUGGAAUACGAUGGCAAAGAUUUUGGUUUUGGCACCAUGUCCGCCGAGGUGGAAUCGUUCAAGGGAGCCCGCAAAAUCACCAGCCUGGCCUGCUACCCCCUGCAGUACCACCGCAAUGCCGAGGCGCUGCGAGCACGUCUGAUCGAGCGCGGCAAGCGGUUUGUGGCACUGCGCGGCAUGAACUACCGCUUCCACAAGGGCAUGGCCUUUUACAAGAAGAAGCGGUCGUUCGUGGUCAAGGUCAACAUUAACGGUCGAGUGAUGAUCGAUCCGGCCAUCCACCGACGCAUUAACCCCAACUAUCCGAUCAGCACGGUCCGUCCCAAAGACCCCGACCUGCUGGAAGCGUCCGAAGCUGGGAUGAGCGAUGCUGAGGACGAGGGUAGUGAUGCGUGCUGCUGCGGGGGGUCGGCGUCAGACUCGGAGCACGGCGGUUCAUCUGACACUCCUAAAGUCGUCUACAAGGUCGUCGAGGGGUGCGAUGGGACGCCGCGUGUGGUCGAGGUCGAGGUGGAUGAACUGGGCAACGAGAUCCAGACGGAGAAGAUGGACCGUAUCGACGGCGACGCGGCUGGCGCCCAGGGGCGCGAAUUCAGUGAGGAGGAGCUGCUGGUGGCCAGCCCCGUGGUGCUGGGUUUCGCGUUCAGCGAGAAGCUCUGGCUGGAGUUCACCAUCUCGGGAAUCAGUGACAUCGAGUGGAACGCCGACGCCUUCGACUCGCUGGUGCUGCCGAACAACCAAAAGGCCAUUGUCAAGGCAUUGGUUGAGUCACACACCUUCCACGCCGCUGAAAACAUCGACGAUGUGAUCCAGGGCAAGGGCAAGGGUCUAGUGGCCGUGCUGCAUGGGCCUCCAGGAACAGGCAAGACGCUGACGGCUGAAGGCAUUGCCGAGCUCCUUCGCCGGCCCCUGUACAUGGUCAGCGCUGGAGAGCUGGGCACGGACUCGCGCACGCUGGAAGCCGAGCUGAACAAGAUCCUGGACAUUGCCCAUGCCUGGGGUGCUGUGCUACUGCUGGACGAGGCCGAUAUCUUCCUGGAGAAGCGCACCAUCCACGACAUCCACCGCAAUGCCCUGGUCUCGAUUUUCUUGAGGCUGCUCGAGUACCACCAGGGGAUCCUGUUCCUGACCACUAAUCGCGUCGAGACCUUUGAUGACGCCUUCCAGUCGCGAAUCCACGUCGCUCUGCGCUACGGAGACCUCAACGCCAAGGCGAAGCGUAGCAUUUGGAAGAUGUUCCUGGAACGCGUGCGCGCCAUCGAUGGCGUACGCACUGCCGCAUUCUCCGAGGAGGAUUACGACAUGCUCUCGCGACAUAUUUUGAAUGGCCGGCAGAUCAAAAACUCCGUGCGCACUGCCCAGGCACUGGCCGUCAACGAAAAGUCACCUUUGUCAAUGAGCCAUAUCAAACGCGUGCUCGAGGUUGCCGAGACCUUUGACCACGACCUGCGAGGUGGAACGGGGUACUUGGAUGCGAUGCGGAGCUACACUUAG